CUGAAUCGAUAAGAGGCUGAGCUUGUUUACGGUACAUUUCUGGCAUGCGCACAAGUUGAAAAGCUACGAGAUGCAGGAGGCGUAAGUCGCCAGAAACUGUCCUUUCAUUUCGCUUUAAGCUUUAAAGGUUUCGAUGUAGCCCUGCGCCGCGGUCGGCACCAACUGCUCGACGCCCCAAGAGCGAGCAAUGUCCGUCUACGAAGAAGCCGAUCAGCUCUUUUACCGGCAGUUCACUUUCCAAGCUUCGUCUGCAUGGCGGCCGCCCGACCCGAGCCGCGUCUGCGCCGACGCGGACGCCAACUGGUCGCUGCCGGUGCUGCAGCAGGAGAAGCGAAACCUGAACGCCACCAAGAGCCUGCUGAACGACAUGGAGCCCAUAGCUUGGCGACGCCACACGACGUGGACCAAUCGCGCCGGAAACGUGAUGAACCGCGUACGCCAGAGCGCCGCGCCCGAGCUGCUCACGCAGGCGUGGUGCAAGUUCUUCCAGCUCCUCCACGACUACGACCUGGCGGGCCCCGUCCCGCUACGCUCCUUCCACCUGUGCGAGGCGCCCGGCGCUUUCAUACUCGCCCUGCAGCAUUACCUGCGCUCGGCGGCCGCGGACGCCGACGAGGACGACCGCGCCGGAACCGACAGCUGGACGUGGUUCGCCAACACGUUGAACCCGUACUACGAGGGCAACGACUUCAAGUCGACCGUCACCGACGACCGGCUCAUCUUCAUGACGCUCGACCGGUGGUACUUCGGCCAGGACCAGACGGGCGACGUGAUGUCGCCCGAGUUCAGGGUCGAGCGCUUUCUCGAGACCUUCUCCCCCGAAGGAGGUGGUGUCGACGCCGGCGGCUUCCACCUGGUCACGGCAGACGGCAGUGUCGACUGCCAGGACGACCCCGCUGAGCAGGAGUCGACCGUGGCUCCUUUGCACGCGGCGGAAGUCGUGGCGGCUCUCAAGCUGCUCGCCGAGGGCGGCCACCUCGUCCUGAAGAUGUUCACCUUCUUCGAGCGGCCGUCCGUCACGCUGCUGUACCUGCUCAACUGCGUCUUUCGGCAGGUGCACGUCAAGAAGCCCGUGUGUAGCAAGCCCGGCAACUCCGAGGUGUACGUCGUCUGCAAGUCCUUCCGCAAGGAGGCGCUCGCGGGCGAUCACGUGGCUGCCCUGACGAAACUGGUCGCGCAGAGGCGGGCCUUCUGCGUGUCCAGCGUCGAAGACCUGCCUGCCAGCUUCGUGGGCCAGGUCGAAAAGUGCGCGCGAUACUUCAAGGACCUCCAGGAGCGGACCAUCCGCGAGAACAUCCGCUGGUUUCAAAACGACAUGGACCAACCUAGCUGUCUGAGACUGCAGAGCGUGAAGGACACGGUGGCCUCGCUCUACAUUGAACGUUACGAAUGCAAACAUGUCGACCAGCCGCCCCUGCCUCUGUUGCAGGGCGGAAGUGCAUUCCUCUUACGAUGCCGCGGCUGGAACGUAGCUAGCUUUAGUGAGCGAAAUGGACGCAGCGACUGGUGGAAGAAGCAUGUUGAUGAACUGCAGAAAAUGCUCGACACCAUACCCCUCGCGAAUGUCUCCCACAAACCAACCUUCCGCAGAGCGCUGUCAGACAGGAUUGCUCCACAAGCGUCUUGGAUCCGCACCGGCCAGAAGUACGGGAAAGUUCCGGGUCUCUCCAAGUUCUGCUCAUCUGCAUUGCUCGACAUGGCUCUUAUGCUCGGGCUCUCCGACUCCAUCGACGCUGCCAAUGAUCUGGUUGAGAGAGUGGAUACCUCAAACGUGUCUCUUGUGGAUUGCGGCAAGGACAACGCAAGGACGGCCGCAGACAUUGCAAAUGCAGUGUCCCAGUUGGAGUUUGGGACCCAGCUGGCGGUCAGGUUCCGAGAGACGCUGAGCCGGUUUUCGGCCGGUGUGCUCUAUCUCCUCACCAGUCUCUUCAAGACCGCGACGGUGACCUUUUCAGAUGUCCCGGGAACAUGGCCCCUGUGGACGUUCUCGGACGUCGACCUCGAUUGUGCAGACACACUGCUCGAGUACUUUGCGAGAAUUACGGCCGUGGAAGUUGAUGCCGCUUCGACGGUACUGGAGGUCGUUCCCUUGCCCAUGCUGUGUGACACAAAGUUAACCAAGUUUCUCAGGUCCGUCAAUGACAGCAUACUGCAUGAGUUCGUGUCUGUUGUUCUCGCCACUGCUUGACAGUUGCCAAAUGCCGUGUGACUAGUUAGGUAUAUGCGUAUGCGCUUUUGUGUGUGCCUGUGAACUAAAUGCACAGGAUGUGUGUGUGUCACGCAUGCGCUGUACCGACUGUGUUCAGCAUCCCUGUAGUAGUACCUGUCGGGACACACUGGACAUACGGCUCGUUGUACCAGUAACAUACACACAACAUACAAAAUAUAUAUUAGGCAGUGUGGCAAUGUCUUAGCCAACAGGCCUAACAAUUUUUUAAAAGCAGCUCGUCACUGGGAACAUAUAAACAAGUCAUUGGUGUGCAUCCUUUUGUCGUUAAUAAAUGGUGUACAGAAUCGUC